AUGUCCAAUCGAAUACCACUUUAUGAAGAGUCCAAGGACUAUAUAAACGAAGACCACAUUAGUGAGUUUGCCAAAGCGUUAGUAUGGCAAGAUCAUGAUGAUAUAACAACCACUCCAACUACACCUAAAAACGAGCCCUUAGAUUUUGGUGAUGAUGAUGAUGAUGAUGAUGAUGAUGAUGAUGAUGAUGAUGAUGAUAUGUCAUCGCUGGCAACUGAAGAGAUAGACCAAGAUACAAACAAUAAUACAUUGAUUGGAGAAGGAGCAGAACUUGGUAUCUCACCAACUCCUAAACCAGACAUGAUUACAUCAAAAAGUGAUUGGUUUCCUGUAAGUGCCGCCAGUGCCAACUCCAAAUCCAAAACAAAUACAAAAAACAAGGCUAAGAAAUCGUCAUCCCCUAUAGCCUCAUUACAAAAUGAAUUUAGAAAUAGUAUAAGUUAUACUUUACUACGAUGGCCAAUACUUAUAGCUGUGUUCAUCUGGGUAACAAUUUUAGGUUCAUUAUAUUUUGCCAUUAGAGUACAUGUGGCCCUAAAAGAAUAUUUCUUUACUUGGAGAGGACAACGAAAGAAAUUGAGGGAGAAGUUGAGACAAUCAAAGUCGUAUGAGGAAUGGGUUGAAAAUGCCAUAAAUCUAGACAAGUUUUUAAAUUUGGACAAGUGGUCAGAGAACCCUAAGUUUUCUUAUUAUGAUUACAAGACGGUGGGCAUGACCAUUGCAAGAUUGAAAAAAGCACGUGCAGCAAACAACAUGCAAGAACUACAAAUAUUACUUCAAGGAUGUUUGAAACGGAAUUUUGCUGGGAUUGAGAAUAGACAGUUGCAUUCACAUAGAUACUAUGGAACCAAAAACUUGGUACAAUCGUAUUACGAAGAAGUAUUACGUUGCAUAGAUAUACUCACUGAUUCGAAUGAUGUUUCACCAGAGAUCAAGUACAAGUUUUUCAAGAUUGUACUGAAGAAUUUUGGCAAGUCGGCUUUGUGUUUGAGUGGAGGCGCCACUUUUGCUUACACCCAUUUUGGAGUUGCUAAAGCCUUAAUUGAUGCGGGACUAUUACCGAAUAUUAUAUCAGGUACAUCAGGAGGUGGAUUAAUCGCGGCUCUAUUAUGCACAAGAACUGACGAAGAGUUGAAGAAAUUGUUGAUUCCGCAGUUGGCAAGGAAAAUCACUGCUUGUGAGGAUCCGUGGUAUGUAUGGAUUCCUAGGUUGAUAAGAACUGGUGCUAGAUUCGAUUCCGUUGCAUGGGCCAGGAAAUCAAAUUGGUUUACUAGAGGAUCAACUACUUUUGAAGAGGCGUUUGAGAGGACAGGCAGAAAGUUGAAUAUUAGUACCGUUCCUGCUGAUCCCCAUUCACCGGUAAUCUUGUGCAACGAUAUAACUUCUCCUCAUUGCAUUAUAUGGUCUACAUUAUUAGCAUCAUCAGCAGUUCCAGGUAUCCUUAAUCCGGUGGUAUUAAUGAUGAAGAACCCAGAUAACGGCGCAGUUGUUCCAUUUUCUUUGGGCAGCAAAUGGAGAGAUGGAUCGUUGAGGACAGAUAUACCUAUUGAUGCACUAAACACAUACUACAAUGUGAAUUUCACCAUUGUAUCCCAAGUCAACCCACAUAUUUCGUUAUUCUUUUUUGCGCCAAAGGGAACUGUUGGUAAGCCGGUUCCAGUGUCCAAAAGCCGAACAAAGAGGGAGAAGUUUGCUUCAUUUAGAGGUGGGUUCAUUGCCACUGCAUUGGAGCAACUAUUGCGAUUAGAGAUCCGAAAAUGGCUACAAAUUGUUAAAUCGUUAGAUCUAUUGCCGCAUGUAUUACAACAAGAUUGGUCAAAUGUUUGGUUGCAAAAUUUUACUGGCUCAGUGACAAUUUGGCCAAGAAACAAGUUGAAUGAUUUUUGGUACAUCUUGUCUGAUCCUACUGAAAAGCGGUUGGGCGAGAUUAUCAUGAAGGGUGAACGCAGCAUGUAUCCAAAGUUGCUUUACAUCAAAAAUAGAAUCUUGGUGGAAAGGGCAAUUGAGCGUGGUAAACGUGUCGCCACGCAAGCUACAAAAGAAGCUCGCAUCAAUCUUGAAAUAUCAUCCAAUCGUAACAAUGGAGGCAUUGUUGACAUCGUCGUUGAUGAUGACGAUGAAGACGAUGGCAUAGUUCCUAGUGACUAUGAUGUUGCCAAAUUUAAGGAAAAGAUUGGAGUGACUAAUAAAGACUUUGAAGAGUUUGCGGCUGGAUUUAGCGGUGCUGACCAUGACGGAGAUGAUGAAGAUGACGAUGAAGAUGAAGAUGAUGCAUUCGAUGAGGACUUGUUGGUGAGGGACAUGUAUGAUGACAGUGAUACAUUUAGCAGUCCUUCACCCCACGGUCCAUCACAGUUUAAACACAGACGCAACACCGUGUUUUGA